GUGAAGAUACGCUGGUAGAUGAGAGACAAAGAAGCGAAACAACCUAUGAGUCUGCAGAGAAUGAGCAUGAGGAAUGUAGGAAUAUUGAAAACCUGCGCCGCGCCCCAGUUGUCCCGAACACGGCAAAUUGCAUCAUUAUCUUGAAUCUCACGUGAUGUGGUGUACAAUUGCUUUGUAAGAGAAAAACGACGUAAAAAAAUGAAGUAAUUCUAAAGAUGAUUGUUUUCGAGCCACCUUCGGCAACGCGGCGAGCCGCGCGCCUCCAAAUACUGGAUUUCGACGUGGGAAGAGCCAACAAAAUAGAUGAUGAACACGAGUUGGCAGUCGAAUUCGCACAGAGACACUUUCGAACACGGACAAAGCCGCAUGUUGGUGCAGCAGCAGCUCUGUUGGGUAGAGGUGCGGAGGUAGAUGAAGGCGGGUCGUUGACGUUAACUGAGGAACAUUCCGGUGCUGGUGCUGGAGGGGCGGUAAAAGAUGCUCAUGCUUAUGGAUCCAUGUUGUGUCAACAUUACUUAUAGCAUGUUGAUCUUUGGUCUGGAAGCCCGAGCCCGUCUUCACUAUGAUUAAUAGUUAUUUGAUCGCACUCGUGUAGGUGUAGCUACCUUCAUUUCGCCCUCGUCCUCUAACUUUCAUCUGUCGAGGGAGAGUCCUCCAGCAACCCCUGCAGUAUUCCCACUGGCCAUGUCUCCAGUAUUCCGACUGACACCACCACUACGUUCGAAGCCGAGUAUUACGAGGACCCGCUUGUGGUGAAGUUUCAACUAUGGAGGCUCGGGAAAGGUCUUUUUCGUAGACGCGUAUUGCUUGGAGAAACGAGCUAUUGCUGUCCAGCGACUUUUGUCGCGGGUUCCGCAACUUCAAGAGAUGUUGUGUGUCCCAGAUUGCACCUGUCUAGAACACGCAAGUCAAAAAGGCAGAAAUUUCAGGAGCUGAUGGGUGGGAGGAAAGUCGGGGUGGAUCAGGUAGAGUCUUUGAUGUAUGCAGCUUUGUAGUUGUUGCUGCAACAUGUGAUGGAAAUUGAUUCUUCACAAUCGCCGUCUUCUAGAUCUCCACCCAGCACAGCCACAGUGUUUUCUCUCUACAAGAAACCCGUCUAACACUUGCCAAUCAGGGCGCACCCGACUCCCCUUCAUCGCCCUUGCCGUCGUGCGGAUCGAUCUUGGUCCGAAUCGAAUACGGCAUUGACGUAGUGACUGCUGCGAGAAGAAAAGAAGCUUUCUGGUCUGAGAUUCGACAUCGAUUUUCUGAUGAAAAGCGAUUUUUUCAUCGAAACUUUCUGUUCCUCGAUGAAUUGGAAGGAGGUGGUGAAGGACAUCUCGAAGAUGGCUCCUGUACGGCAUCCAAAGAUAGUGAAACCCGUGGCAGGCGUGUUGAUUCACAAGUUGGCUUUCUGAGGCCAGGGUUGCUGUUAGACGACACCCUGGAUGACAUCAUGGACGACGACAUCGGAAGUUUCAGACCGGGACUGCGCGUUAGACACCCCACUGAAGGAGCUGGAACCGUGCUGGACUUGGAUGCAGAUGCUGCAGAGGCAACGCGUAUUUUUGUCCGUUUUGACCAUAGUCCCGCAUGUGCAGAUCGGCGCCAUGUGCUUGACACUCGUGGUGUCCCGCGUGAAGAACUGAGUGCCAUUUGUUCUUACAAUCUUGGUGAAAGCGACUACGGGGAGCAACAUGCAGAUCAACGCCUUGAGAACCCAAACUACAACGUGCAGCUGCAGGUUGUGUCAGCAAAUAAUAGAAAUGCAGAACGGGGGCGAGAGCAACACAGAACGAUGCAGCAGGAAAUGAUUCUAGUCGGAAGCUUCGUACGUGUCAAAGUCGCUCAUCCUUGUCGAGGUUGGGGCAAGGUUACGCCGAGCUGCGUCGGACUAGUCGCUAAACUCGAAGGAACGAAAGCCAUCUGCAUUUUCCCAUCUCAGAAACACUGUCAAUGGACAGGUACAGUCGACGAGCUAGAAGUCGUGAGGCCAAAGCCACAAACUCUCGUAGUACUUAGAGCCGAGGGACCCUUCAGCAGUGGUGAGGAGGUCUUUGUUCUGAGGCAAGAGAGGGACAUUUUGGAAGAAGACACGGAAGCUGAAGCUGGAGAGAAAAGGCAUGGUGCGGCUGAAGCCUCUGCUCCUCAAAGAGAAUCGACUCUAUCGUCAACGACCACGAUUCCAGAUCCCUCUGCAUACAGGACUAUUGCCGAUGACACAGCGGUGCCGACGAGUUUCGAUACAACAAGCACACCGAGCAGCAGCUCUUCGACUGGUCCGAUGCCUGCUCAACGUCAACAAGCAACACCAGACACCUUCUUCCCUCCACCACGCGCUGGAGCUGGUUCCUUCGUCGACUUGCAUGGGCGUGCUGGGAGGAGGAGGGAUAUUUUUGGAGAACAUCACUCCUCUAGUCGUGUAGGUGUUGGAGGAUACAACGGAGAACAAGAGGAUUACGAAGGACAAGUACAACCACGUUUCUCAGCACCUGAACCCUCGUGGUCAACACGUGAAUCAACAACGGCUCAACACUUAGACAAUCGUGGACGACCCCAUCGCGGACCUCCCGGCGGACCUCCCGGACGAGAACCACCACCUCGCUCCUCCUUCCGUCUACGAGUUAGAAGAGCGUUUCGUAAGCGAUUACGACGAGCAAACUGUCUUCGAGGAGAGCCAACUAGUCCAACUUUACCGGCUAUUCACGAGAAUUUCCACGAAGAUAACGGCUUGAUCGAAGGUGCAGGUGGUUUCAGUGUUUUUGAUGCCAGAAGUAGUGCGGCAACGACAUUGCGAAAUACCACAUCAUCUUCAGCCACGGAUAGCGUCGCUGGUCGGACAACGACAAGAACGACGAGGGGACAAGAAGAGGGUCCUAUCUUCUGUGGAAUAGGGGAGCAAGGUACUACGCAAGAGUCGAGGGGAACAUCAAGACGGCAAGGUCAUCAAGAAGCCGGUUCAUCAUCCUCUACUCUCACUGAGCCUGCCAACACCGAAGGGGAACAACGCACCAAGCCGCUGGGACGCCUGAACUACCAGUGCAUGAAUAAGCACGGCGCUUCUUGGUGGAUUUACGCUGACCUCGAAGGAGAUGUCUUCAAGACAAAAGCCGACGAGUCGCUGGAGGACGAGUUGUUUUCGGACGAUAGCGGUGACGAAGGUGGUUGCACUGCUGGAACAAAUGUUGGUUCGGGAACAAGACAUGCUCAUGAUCGUAGUAUCAUUAAGGCUCAACUUUCAUUGGUCAUAGAGGUUGGUCACUGAAAUCGAAGAGGGUCCCUCUGAGAGAACAGGGGAAAAUGAAGGGAAAGGGGAGAGCCUUGGAGGAGGUCUCUUCCGUUCAGAGUCAGUGACCAAUGAAUGCUGAGCUUUAAUAUCACCAGUUGCGCCUCUGCUCAUCCUUUGAAGCUCUUACUCACCAAUCGAUCGGCCUGGCUGGAUCAGGUAGUUCUUCAUCAGCAAGAUGACCAGCGAGAAAGCCCAACAUCACGAGGUGAAGAUGAAGACGAAAAUCUUAGUUCUAGCACUUCCUCUUCACGCGGUGAAGAAGACGAAAAUCUUAGUUCUAGCACAGCCUCUCCCGCACCACUCUCUCUAUCCCGCGCAGUUCGUGGAGUGAUGCGCACGUUUGCGCUACCACGAAGUCAGAGACCGCUUUUACGGAAGCGUUUGCGUGAGAAAUGGAACUUUCCAUUGACCAAAGAAGAAGCUUUAGAUCUAGGCGUGCUCAAGCCUGGGGAUCAUGCGCUUUUGGUGGGGAUGGGGACAUCUGGUGGUGCGAGUGCGACAUCUAACGAAGUAGACACCACAAGCACAACAAACUCGAUAGUAGAGGUCGUUUCGGUGCUAGGGAGGUGUAUAGAUCAACAAGAAACUACAUCCAGCAAAGACACGACUUGUGGUGUUAGCUCGAAAGAGGUUGGUGAAGACAAGCGCGAAAGGGAGACCACUCAGACGGUCGUGUAUUACAUCGUCGAAAACAAGACCGGUGAUGUUUCAACUGUACCCCGCGAUCGCCUAAUCGCACUGUGUGGCGCUAUCGAUUCAGGCAAUGUGGCUGCCUACAACACGACCUCGGAGAGUAGAGAAGAACAAGUAGAGAACUCCCAAGAAAACCAUCUUCAACAUGAUCUCAUCGUUGUCAAUGCUGGUGGCAAAGGCGAACGUUGUAAUGGCAAUUAUGGCAGGAAACCGGUGCGGAGUUUCCGCGGUCGACCCGUUUACAAGAACGAAAGGGGAGCAAUCAUAUAUUGGGCAGGCUUCUGGAAGAUGAACUACUUCGAUGAUACAGGGAGUUGGUAUUUAAGGCUUCCCCUAAUCCAUCCCUGUAGACACACAUCUUCCCUCAAACAACAUAUGCUCCCCAAUUCCAAUACAAGGGAGAUACUGACGCAUAUGCUUGAGGGAUUUCCACAGGGAUGAAAAGGAGAGAGCUCUAAGGUAUUUUGCGGUCAGGGACAGUCGCAAGUUGAUGGAGCCACCACUCACUACAUCUUUCUCUGCAUCCUUUGACGAUGCGGAUUAUGUCACUCCAGCCCAGAGCGUAUCGUGGAGUAACUACGGCUACACUGGUGGAAAAGCGAGGCCCUGUCCGAUUGUGACACGAAGCGGUCGACUACCCAGCGGUGUGCGUUUGCUGGGAGAAUCGGAGGAAAUGCGGGCGCCGCCAGCGCCGGGGAAGCGGAUAGUGGUCUUACCAUCAGCGAAGAAUCGGCUAGAAGAAGGUCAAGAUCAUCUUCAUGCUCUUGAAAUAUUGGAAGUAGUUGCCGCACACAGUCACAGCAGCUUGCCGAAGUCCCCCACCACCGACCAGUCUUGCGCACUCCUCGUACGAAGUGCUGUCAGCGGCCACAUCAAAUUCCUAGACAACGUGCCUCUCAGAGACAUCUGGAGUCCCAGUCUCGUCCAGGACGUAGCCACAGUCGUGAAGUUUAGAGGUCAGCGUGAGAGCUUUGCAGCAUGGUGUUUGCGGGAGUUUUUGCCUCCUCCAGAAGCUGCGGCAGGACUCUGGGAGGCUGUAGCUGCGAAUGGGACUCUGGUGAGGCAAGUAGAUGAGAAGAAGAGGCAGGAGGAAACAGAAGCCUUCGCUAGUUCUACUUGUGAGAGGAAAAGUGGGAGGAGAUCAUCUACAUCUUGCGCGAAUGCAAUUGCCAAGAAGAGUCCUUCCGUUUUACCACCUGGAAGAAUUUCACGCAGCAGUGAUGUGGUAGUAUUGAAGCGGCCCGAGGAGAUAAACUCAGAGAAUAAAGGCAACAUGAUAGAAGCACGAACGGAAGUUAGCAGACUGUUGAGGACUUCGAACCCAGCCCGUCCAACUGCACGAACGCAAGUUAGCAGACUGUUGAGGACUGCAAGACUGCUGGAAGGCAAUAUGGAAGAGACACUACGCGAGACGAGUCUUAACACCUGGCGACAGGAGGUGAAGAGGCUUGCGUCGCAGGAGGCGUUGCAGGACGAGAAUGCUGUUCAUGGCGUGGCGAAUAGAAGGAGAACCUCAGCUAAUGUCUCGCUAUCGUGGAUACCGGAUCCGGGAGGUGACUUGCUUGGACGAGACCAGGGCUACCUCAACACGCGUGAUACAGAGGUGGACCUGGUGGCGGGCCCGCUUCCGUCAUCCUCCGUAUCGAUUUCACAAGCAAAUCAAGCGCCUCAUAGUGAUAAUCGUUUUUCCGCAUCCUCAGCCACCUCCUCUGCUUCGUGUCCAGCUUGCGCGGUUGUGCGAGGAAUCUCUCAAUUGCGCACCAGUGGCCGCCUAGGACAGCUAAACCCUAUUCUAGAGGGCAUUUUAGACGAAGACGAGCUUCUCGCGACACUGGAGACAGUAGUGGAGUUGCAGGCUGCUCCACCUGACUUGGAUGUAGGAGAGGGGCAACUGCCGCGACGAGUAAGCGUCGUUCAACAAGGGGCUACAGAUGAUCAACAGCAACAGGCUAUGGUGAAUACACCUCCCCGGUCCCCUGCCGAAAUGGAUGAUGACACAGCAACGGGACUGCUUUGUCCGGCACAUGCUGCUUCUCUAGUCGGAUCGGCGACGUCAUCGUCUCCUAGACUUCUUGGGAGUCAAGAUGCGGCAACUGACGGAGCAUUAGCACCAGUGACCGAAGCUGCACCAGAAAUAGUUGUAGUCGACGCGAACAGAAACAACGAUGAAGCAGUAGUCCUCACUCCUGAACGCAGACAAUCUUUGCGAAAUUCCGCAAACCUCGACGCUGCCAUUGAGCAUGAGCAAGCGAUGCUGCACUUGGCUGGUAGAGACAGCGCAAGCGGUGAGCUACAACUUGCGACGAUAAAUGACGAGUGGGGCGCGGACGAUGAUUUGAGUUUGACGACGAGUCGAAGGGUUUUUCUCAUUAGUACUGUAGUUGAGGGUGGACCUGCUCCUGCUUCACAUGAAGAUGCUACUAGUGCUGGAGAUGCGACAGAGCUCAAACAAAUAUAUCAGAAGCAGCAGAAUGAGCGGUCUGAGCCUUCAUCAGCAAGUCCUUUCCUUGGAAGAAGCAGUUGGAUCACGAAGUCCUUCUCUGGCGCUGGGAACGACGUUGGAGAAGGGUCGUCAGCCCAGAAAUACGUCAGCAAGAGUUCUACCUCUCACCUCGAUAAUGUCCUCAGUGAUUUCCUUUAUCCAGGUGCAUCUUUGCCAUCUUCAAGAAGUCCUGGCAUGGGAACUGCGUUUGGAGCUUCCUCGUCAUCAUUUGGCAUAUCAUCUUUCUUUACGAGAAAUCCAACGACUGGUGCCGCAUCGUCUUCCUCCUCUUGUUCCUCGUCAUCCUCGAGGAGAGACCAGGCGUCUUCCUCAACAAAGACCCCCGAUUCCGAUUCCUCCUCAUCCAGUAGUCGCCUCACCCCCUUCGAGCUCUUUGCCCUUGAGGAAACCUGCAGAGAAAUCGACCGACUACGCGCCAAAUUCGCUUGGCCCAAAAGUAGUGAGAAGCCAAAGCCGCCUCCCGGUGUACCUGAAAUCCUUCUGCGGAGACCUGACUCUGAAGAACGUGGGAGAGCAUUGAACCUGUUCCUCAAAGUCUUUCAGCAACUAGGCACGAAAGGAGCUGAAUUUUUUCAGAGGGGAUUCACUAUCAAUUAAGGCUCUACAUCAAAAUCCAACCCCACUUGGAUUAUCCUGUUAGUUGUUAAAAUACUACAAGGCUGGUAGUGCCUCGUGGAUUCUCGGGCUGUACUGAGGCAAGUACUUCUGGGGCGAGUAUUUUAGCGGGAUCUUCUUUAUGGCGGGAGUGGAACUACUUCUACAGUUACGAAAGCUGUCCCCCCGACUUGUCAACACGGGAUGAUGGGUUCCCAUUAAGGUUAAUAUAAGGGUAGCGCUAAAUCAAAUUUUCCCAAGACAGAGGUGUCGACUGGGGAGCAUUGACGAAGGCCUUUGCUAAUUUGAUGGUCGAAGACGUUUUUAGAGUGGAUGCAGCGUUGUUUUUGGCGGUGGUGCCGGGUCACGCGGAUGUGGUGGUGGUGAGAAAGGAAGUAGGUGGCGGAGGAGGCGCUCGAAGAACUGCGAGAAACACAUCAAGUCAUGACCGUGGUCAGAGAGAAAUGGACACUAGUACCGGUCGCGCAGCGAUAAUUCCGGCUGAAGUCCCUUCGCCAGGGAACAGCCAGAAAUCCAAGGAGAGAGACGCACUGUCUCCAGAAGCCUUGCACAUCGAUUGUCCAGCAGCAAUAGCGAGGCGGUGUAGUGCUUUAGAGGAGCCAGAAGAAGCGUCUACAGCUGAUGCAACAUCUACCACAGCAUCAUCUUCUGGCUCAUCCUGUGCCACUUCAAGAAGUCAUUCCAAGUCUCAGGCGUUUGAAGCAGCAUCACCACCAACUGUUGAGGAUUCGUCUCUGACCAUUGGCCCAGCAGACCCAACAGAUAGAGAUGGUGACAUCUUUCUAGCAGAAUCAGUAGCAGACAAUCUUCACAAGAAAGUUGUCCCGGACUACAUUCCAGAUGAAGCCCUUCUCGAGGCCCAUGAGGACGUAGUGUCUGCCCUUCAACAACAACAGCAUACAGCAGAAGCUGAACAGGAAUUAGCAACAACCAAUCUGGCCGCAUCCUCAGCUGAUAUGGAGGAACUCCUUGGUGGUGGCAAAUUCGUUACGCCUGACUGGGCUUUGGAAAUCUUAGGUCGCGAUCCGAGUUACGUGCGGAUCCUCUACAGUUUCCUUGGACGCUUUCUCGCCUAUUGCCUCUAUAUGCGGGUACGGGUUACGGUUCGCUUAUCCGCGUACUUCUACAAGUGUUUGCUAACGCCAGAGAUUUGGCUAGUCUUUAGACGAUACUCAGGGGGAAUGCAGAAACCGCCGAAACAAGAAGGUAGAAGAAAAGACCUCGUCAAGAACAACUACAGGGCAACUACAUCUAGCCCGACGUUGGCGGACCGCGAUAAGGAAGAGAAGCGUCGACUGACACCACAAGACUACGACAACAGCAAAACCGCAACUACUCCAAGUGCCAGUCUUCUUCAAUACGACCCCCAACUAGAACUCGAUGACGCUUGUUUUGUCGGAGGCGGUCCUUCAUGGCGCUCAGCUGCCGAAGCUAUUCGUGAUUUGGCUUCAGUUGACCGGCUCAAAGCCAAAGGCUUAUCCGAACUGUUGGCCUACGAACCGGCCUCAGAUGUCGAGCACGUUUUUUGUCUUGAUUUUUCUUUGGAUUUCGCUUUUUGUGGGACUAAGAGAAGGUUUUUGUUGAAAGAGACUUCGUCGACUACAUCGUCAUCAAAAGGAGUAAUAGAAGGCACUCAAGACGAGGACCAAGAGGACGAUCCAGCUCCAGUGACAGGCGAGAACCGCAAUGAGUAUGUUAUGUUAGUCUGCAAGUUCCUUCUCAAAACCUCAGUCCGCAACUCUCUCUCCGCUUUCGUCCUCGGAUUCCAAUCCGUCGUUCCUCAACGAUGUCUCCGUCACCUCACUGCGCCUUUACUGGAAUCAGUUUUGUGUGGGAAAAGUGCGAUAUCGGAUCAAGAUAUUCUAGAGUUGAAAAAAAAGCAUUUAAGGAUUACGACAUUCGAUGGGGUGCCUCCGACAUCGGCUGGGAUGAGGGAGCUAGUGGAUUGGUUCUUCGAUGUGAUAUUGAACGACUUCGAUAGUGAAGAAAGGACUAGUAUGGCGAAAAAUAAAGAGCAGCACUAAGACAGGCAUGUCGAUGUUCAUCAACAUCUGUGAGUGAGUCUCGACUAUCAUGAUUUUACCAAAGUCAGCCGAAUGUCCUCGUCACCUACAAGUCAGCAUAGUGUCCUCGUCACCUACAACCUCCAAUUAUAGAUUCUCUCUCUAAUCCAAGACUCCUCAUCUUCUGGAUCGGCGUCGCAGUCGUGCCAGCAGCUGGUUUUGGCGAGAUUUUUCCGCCCAUCACAUUGUCGAUCGCUAGUUGGUGUGCUGAUAGUGGAGUGAAUAAUCUUCAUGCUCCAACAAGAACAUCUUCUUCAACAGAGCUGCAGCAUCAAAGUGCAGAAAGCAGUGCCGCUGGUAGUUCUAGCUCCUCCUCUUCGUCUUCUUCCACAAACCAUCAAGGCAGAAGACGACACGUCACCUCUUCUAGCGACAAGUCAGCACUACUGCGGAACGAGUCCCUGCCACAGUCUCAUGUGUGCUUCAAUCGACUGGAUCUACCGUUUUAUCACUCACGGGAACAGCUCAGCCUCAAGUUGCGGAAAGCAGUGCAGCUCUGUGGAAAUGCGGUGAGUAUUGAAUAACGAGGACCUAGGUUUAGUACCAUAAAUAGCGAUGGAGGAUUUUCUUAUUUUUAGAUUGAAGAUAGAUAGAGAGUGAAUGAGAAUGUGAACCAAAACUGUGAAAUCUUCUUAAAUCUUGAAACGAACGAAAAAGAACAUAUUAACCGAUUGGAGUUAUAACGAACCCUGAAGUAGAAAGAUUCCAAUCCUUGUAAAAAUGUCACUUUUUAAUAGCACUACUAGCUACAACGUAGCUUUAGCUAGGCGAGAGGACAACAUCUCUUUCUUCAAUGCCAUCAUAGCAAAAAAUGUCUAGUUUAAAUGUGCUUUGCACAGUAAAAGUGCCCAACACAAUUUUUUUUGCAAAUGAAUGCGUCUCGAUUUUUUCCACAUUCAUCUCUUAAUGUCACUACAUGUCUCAUAAUCAUAUUCAUUGAGUUUGAGUGCUAGCACAGCAACAAGGCCGUCUCCUUCAUGAGUAAUUCUACGUACUUCUUUACUCCACGCGCACCCAUGUGGAUCACCAUAAGAAUGAAUUUUCAUAUUGAACAGAAAUGAGACUGCCCUGAAUUAUUUGUCAACAGUAGUUGAUGUUGAUCUUGAUGACGACAGCCUCAUUAUAUAUGAGGUCUUAGUAGAAACAUUCGCGAAUAUUCAAUAGCUGCAACAGCAGAACCACAACCAGGAGAGUCUUCGAAAAUAUCAGCAGAAUCUUCCGAAAUUAACUUCUGAUAGGCUUCAUCUUCAAACAAUCAUGAUCAUCGUCCUCGAGUACGUUUACACUAUCAUCUACUUCCAACUCACACGCAACGUAAAAAGAGGCUUGCCGUUCUGGUUCAAACACAAUUCCUUACUCCUUCCUACUACAGUAGACCAGCCAGACUCUUUGAAUCCUUCUUACUCCAAGUAGCGUGGUUACUAGCCUACAUUUCCCUAUCUUCUCCUCGUAUCUCCUAGACCACAAGCUAAAAAUCCGCAUGAUAUUGUAGGCGAUACAGGAG